GCAUUCAAGAUGGCGUCGAGCGUGAAGGUGAGUCAGAUCGCCAGCAUCCUGCCGUCUGGUGUGGGUUACGGGAACCUGUUCCUGCGGGCGAAGCAGGUCGCGACAACGCUCGAGUGUUUCAUCGCGUCCGCCGACAUCGAACUGUGCGUCGAUCACGUGCCGAGAGAGCGCAGCAUGGUGCGACACACCCUCAAGGUGCCCUUCAACAACCAGGAGAAGGCGAACAUUCUGCGGGAGGCGUCCGCGGUGUGGGAGCGCAUGUCCGACCCGACCGACAAAGAUGUCUGCAUCCCGCACGACGGUUACCUGAAGGUGUUCCAGCUGCAGCGCCCCCUGCUGGAGCAAUACGACUGCAUCAUGAUGGACGAGAGCCAGGACUCGACGCCCGCUAUGGCGGACGUUGUCCUGCGGCAGACGUGUGCUAAGAUUUUCGUCGGGGAUCCCCAUCAGAAGAUCUACGGAUUUCGAGGCGCCAUUAAUUCGCUGAAUACAAUCACCGACGCCGCAACAUUCUAUCUGACGCAGAGCUUUCGAUUUGGACCAGAGAUCAGUUACGUCGCCUCCUGCUUGCUGGAGAAGAUGAAGGGAGAGACGAGGAAGACACUCGUAGGAGGAGCUCAGGCUGGUUAGAGACGACGGG